AUGGAAGAAGUAGCCUUUUUCAUUGCUGAGGGAAACCCGGCAGACAAACACUCGCAAGAAUCGGUGGCGUUCGUGUCAUCUUUCCAAACUCCGCAACAGUAUGCUUCAUUUAGACAGGCAGACUGUCCUCGCCAUGGAGCUGCCUUAACCGGGGUUGGUCCUGGAGAAAGACUCUUUACUACCAGCAAGUCCAAGGCUCUUCUUAAUGUGUACUCGUGGGGUAAAGGUAUUGACCAAAGAAUUGCCGUUCCAGAACAACUCGAAUGCUUAUCGUUGGUGUCUCAUCCAUCAGCAAAUAAUGGAGGUGGUUUGAAAGAAAGCGGUGGGAAUAACUUGCCCCUGUUUAGGGUUCCUUGGUUGCUUGCUGGUGGAUCCAAAUCAGGACGUAUUUAUAUAUGGGAAUUAGCCCUGGGGAAUUUACUUUGCGUUAAAGAUGCCCAUUAUCAAGGGAUUUCAGUAAUCAAAUUUUCAGAUUGUGGAACUUUCUUAGUAUCGGGUGGUGAAGAUGCCAGAGUGAUGGUAUGGAGAACAUUGGAUUUAAUUUCUGUUUAUAAUGAAGAAAUCUCGGUCAAACCUUUUACUUCUUUCACCGAUCAUACUUUAUCAGUGACUGAUUUAAUUAUCCUGUCUUCAGGAAUUAUUAAUGAUUUAAAAUUAUAUACUGUAUCUCGUGACUCUACCUUAAGGGUUUAUGAUAUUAUGACAUCCAAAUUAUUAACCACCUAUAUUACUUCUGUUAGUAUAGAGUGUAUUACCAAAGAUCCUGCUAAUAGAUCAUUAUAUAUUGGGUUAACGAAUGGAUCUAUACGAACAAUACCUUUAUAUCAAAUCAAUCCAAACACUUCGGUAUUAGAAAGUGUUGGAGGAAACUCCAAAAUCAUUACAUUAGACCAUGAUCCAAAUUUAACCAAUACAUUUGUUCACCACCAACAAAAAGUUGAAGCAACCGCUAGUUUACACAAAUCUUUGAACAAAACAAAGGACGAAGAAGAUAAACCAAUCAGUGUUACCUGUUUAGAUAUCUCAAUGGACGGUACUAGUUUGAUAUCUGGAGACUCGGCCGGUAGGGUUUUCGUUUCUGAUAUCGUCACUCGUCAAGUUGUUAAAAGUUUUCCUCCAUGUAAUUCAUCAAUUUCAUUUAUUCAAACUUUUUUCAUCCCUCAACAUAUUAUUGAUAAUAAUAACCCUUCAAGUAUUAAUAAGUCAGAUAAAAAGCAUCGGUUAAUCCCACCUUUCAAACGUGUUUUGGCUAGUUCCAAACCUUCGGAGCAUAUUUUAAAUCUUGAGAUUCCAGCUGAUUUAAGUGUAAAAGAAGAAAGCUUUGAUGAGUGGUUAAAUAAUAAAGCUCAAGAAGAACUACAAUUCAAGAAUUUGGGUUCUAUCGACAGUUCAAUCACUCUCACGUCUGUACCAAAAACCAAUGAUGAUUCUGCUCGUAUCCAAGACUUGGAAUCCAAAUUGGCUGCUGUAUCCGAAGCUUACACCGAUCUUAGAUCCCAACAUGAAAAAUUGAUUGAUCACUAUUCCAAAAAAGAUUAA